AGCCACCUUCAAGGCGUGACCCAGUUCACUGCAACGCCUUGUUAUCUGGUACCCCGCUCCUCCCGGACUCGCCCCUUCCGGACUGUAAGAAGGCGAUGCAAAGAGAGAGAUCUGGCCGCCUCCGGGAAUGACAGGGCCGCUCUCACAGCCCAGGGAGGCGGAGAGGGCGAGCCCCACAGUCAGUCGCCAGACACCCUCCUGGGCAACACCGAUAAGGAGUUGAACACAGGAGUCGCCGUUACCCCUAGCACCGCCGGGACGGCACCGGUGGCCGUCUGUCAGCGGGAGUCCCGGAACCUGGCUAUGGAACCAGCAGGCUGCCCUGGGGGACUGCUCCCACGGCCUUGCAGAGUGCUGGUGCUGCUGAACCCCCAGAGCGGCAGGGGCAAGGCUUUGCAGCUCUUCCAGACACUCGUGCAGCCCCUCCUGAAGGAGGCUGAGGUAUCCUUCGAACUGAUGCUCACUGGUGAGUACUGUCCCCAGGGGGUGAAGGGAGCACUUUCUGCCAGAAAACCAGCUUUGAGAGCAUCAAAUCUUCCCCCAGCACGGCAGAACCAUGCCAGGGAGCUGGUGUGUGCGGAGGAACUGGGUCAUUGGGAUGCCCUGGUGGUCAUGUCCGGUGAUGGUCUGGUGCAUGAGGUGGUGAAUGGGCUCAUGGAACGGCCUGACUGGGAGACUGCCAUCCGGAAGCCCCUGUGCAGCCUCCCCGGAGGCUCCGGCAAUGCACUGGCGGCUUCCUUGAACUACUAUGCUGGGUACGAGCAGGUGACGAAUGAAGACCUCCUGACCAACUGCACACAGCUCUUAUGCCGCCGGCACCUGUCACCCAUGAAUCUUCUGUCGCUCCACACUGCUUCUGGGCUGCAGCUCUACUCUGUGCUCAGCCUGGCCUGGGGCUUCGUGGCCGAUGUGGACCUCGAGAGUGAGAAGUACAGGUGCUUGGGGGAGAUUCGUUUCACGGUGGGAACCAUUUUUCGCCUAGCAACCCUGCGAACCUACCAGGGUCAGCUGGCCUACCUUCCCAUAGGACAGGCCGCCUCUGCGGUACCUGCUUCUCCUGCACUGGCGCAGAAGGGCCCCGUGGACACACACCUCGUUCCCCUGGAGGAGCCAGUGCCUUCUCACUGGACUGUGGUGCCAGAGCAGGAUUUCGUUCUGGUGCUGGUAUUGCUACACACCCACCUGAGCAGGGAGCUGUUUGCGGCACCCAUGGGCCGCUGUGAGGCUGGCGUUAUGCAUCUGUUCUAUGUGCGUGCAGGGGUGUCCAGGGCCAUGCUGCUGCGCCUCUUCCUGGCCAUGCAGAAGGGCAAGCAUAUGGAGUACCAAUGCCCAUACUUGGUGCACGUGCCCGUGGUUGCUUUCCGCCUGGAGCCCAAGAACCAGAGGGGCGUGUUUUCUGUGGAUGGGGAGCUGAUGGCAUGUGAAGCCGUGCAGGGCCAAGUGCACCCAAACUCUUUUUGGAUGGUUUGCGGCAGCCGAGAUGCCCCAUCCGGCUGGGAGCCCUAGCAGAGGCCACCUCCAGAAGAACCGUUAGGAUUCCCUGGCUCUCUGUGCCUUUGUCUAUGUCUACACUGACAUGGGACCUUCCCUGCAUCCACCCCCUGGUAAGGGAGUGUAUCUCAAGCUCAUAUGGAGGUGGUGGGGACCAAGUAGAGGAAGCAGGAAGAUGGGGCUGUUUUGGAAAGAAAGGGUCUGCCCUCUAAAUGCGAGAAUGAAACACGAGCAGGAGCCCGCUGGCUGGGCAGCUGCAUAUAGAAGGCAUUCCCCAUUGCUCUUGGAUUCCCCUGAGAAUCAAAUCCAAAUAAAGUGACUUUUCCAACCUGUU